UCAGGGGUUUUUUUUUUUUUACGCGCGCGAUAUCGUAUUUACAGGUGGCCACAAUAACAACGGUCGAGCACAUUUUAGGCUCAUUGCAUUUCAGCUUCACAACCACCACUGUCUAUCACUUUCGUAGAUUUAAAUGUCACAUUUAUCUUAUGGCGUGCUUAAAUAAAAUAUCUCUGUGUAUGGCUCGAGACGAACAUGUUGCGUCCUGGGGUUCUUAAGUCCACCCUCUGAAGGUCACUGUAUUUCGCGCUCUUUUCAGGUGUUUUUUACGUAUUACACAAAAACAUUAGUUUUUACGCGACUCGGAGCGCUAGUGACCAGAAGUGCUAUGAACUUUGUUUUAUGGUUUUUCUGUAAUCUGGUCGAACCUGCUUGGUGACAAAGUACAAGAUGUAGUCAUUGGGAAAAAUAAUAAACUGGUUAGUAAUAAGCGUACGGUCGAGCAGUCCAGCUGUCACGCUUUUCCUAAGUCUCUCGUAGUAACUUUAAUAGUUACUCUUUUUAGUUUUCAACUGCAAAGUCAUAGCACAGUCAUUCCAAAGUGUCCUGGCAUUGGAAUGGAGUCAUCAGAUCCGCCUGAAAUUCGUACCAUUCGUGAGAACUAUCAGAAAGCUCUGGAGUGUCUGAACACAGGGCUUCAGUAUGAUGAGGCGGGGAAUAAGGACCAAGCUCUUCUUCUGUAUAGACUGGGCAGGCGGCAUCUUCUCAGAGGGCUGGAGGUGAACACACAGGGAGAGCGCUGCGUUGGACGCUGCUGGGACUUCGCGCGACAGACGCAGCUGAGGAUGAACGAGACUCUGAGAACUAUCACAUCUCGUCUAGGGGUGCUAGAGUCCACAGCGACCCCGGGUCAGCGCCUUUAUCCGACCCUUCCAGUCCUCCUGGACCCUCAGCCAGCAUCUAACACCACCAGAACACAUCUCUCAGCUUCAGGAGGGGCCCCUGCUCGUCCUACCUCCCCUAUGGUGGGCUUCACUGUACCCAGUGAGCGUCCACCAGCCUAUACUCCACAACCAACAGAUGGGCAUCUGUCACUCUCUCAUGGAGGCAACAGGCCAUUUCAAGCUGCUCCAAACCAGCGUCAGGCAUUUGCCCCAGUCAAUCUCAGAGAGGUUGGCAUGGAGAUUAUGUUCUUGCCCAGUGGGGUGCAGAUGUUCUUUGUGUCUGCUGAGGGUCAUGUCAGCGCCCCUUCUUAUCCAGGGUAUCUGCGAAUAAUCAUAUACAGCUCUGACAGCAGUACUGGCUAUGCCCCAGCAUACCUGCAGGUUUGUGAUUGGAUCUACCCACUGUACCCAGACUCACCAGUCUUUCUUAGCAACAAAGGUGUGUUCACAUUUCCUGACACCACAGCAGCAGUGCCAGGGUCCUACGUUGGGGUUGUGCUGUCCUCAGAGCUGCCUGCAGCAGACAGGGAUCUGUUCCAGGAACAGCUGUCAGUGUUGGCUCAGCUCAGGGUCCAGGUAGAUGAAGAACAAUGUGGUGCUACAGGAACAGACUCAAACCUGAGUGAGAAGUUUCCUCCUUCAGAAACACCAGGAGGGGAGGAGAAAACUGUUCCUGUGUGGAGUGAAAAAAUGUCACAGAGCAUUCUAGCAGGGUCCUCCUGGCUGGGUCGGGGACUUGUGCGAGGAGCUGAAGCUACCGGUAAAGCCAUCCAGAGAGGAGCAACUAAAUUACGAGAAAACAUCACUCCAGAGGAGACGCCAGCAGAGGUCAGCCCCAAGGUCACCAAGGGCCUAAAUGCAGCCAAGCAGGCCACUGGGGGUGCUGUAAAAGUCAGCCAGUUUCUAGUGGAUGGUGUUGCUGCUGUAGCAGGUCGAGUUGGGAAAGAACUUGCUCCACACGUGAAAAAACACGGUACUAAACUCAUCCCAGAAUCCCUCAAGAAUAGCAAAGAUGGCUGCUCCAAAAUGGAUGGAGCCAAGCUAGUGGCAGGAAGCAGCAUACAAGGUUUAUCAACUCUCUGGUCAAGUCUGGAGACAGCAGCAAAAACUAUUGGCAAAAGUGUAACUUCAGAGACGGUGACUACUGUGAGGCACAAGUAUGGAGAUGAGGCAGGACAAGCUGCAGACACUGCAGUCCAGUCUGCUGUCAAUGUAGGUGUCACAGCAUUUAAUGUGGACAAUCUGGGCAUCAAGGGUGUACUGAAGGCCACAGGCAAGCAAACUGCAAAAGCAAUGGUGAAGGAUGGGUCAGGAAGCGAAGGAACUGAGGAGAAAGAAAAGCCACCAAGGAAAGGGCAGGAUGAGAAAAAAUAAUGAAACGUGUUGUCACGAAUUACUCUUUAUCAUGAAUGUUCUUGUAGCACAAAAAUUAUAAUUUUGUAUUGAUAAUGAGAUUGAUAUUAUACUGUGCAAUGUUUACAGAAAGAUGCACGUAGACACUGUAUUAGUGAAAUGUUCUACCCUUAUACUUAAAGAUAAUAUUUUUUAUUUUCUUAAAAUAUUCAGAGGGUUAUAUUUAUAGAAGAAAACGAUUGCAGGUAAUUUAGCAAGUACAUUUAGCAUUCUGUACCCUUCAUAUCACUGUGCUCUAUUACUGUUUUUGGCCAUUCUUGUGGCUCAUGUUAAUCUUCAAGCAAGUACCUCAUUAAAGAUUACUACAAAAAAUUAAUCGUAACCAUAUUUUAACUGUAGCCGUAUCUGUAACUGAAAAACCAUAGUAACACCAUCCAUGGUACUUGUAACCUUUGUGUACAACUGCCAUAGUUGUAAUAAAAUUGAGUAAGUUCUUCAUGCA